AUGGCCGACACUGAAAGUUCCCCUGCCGCUGAUGGCGUACACAAGACUCGACCAGAGAAGCCAGAUGAAGCCGCAUACAAGGCGGCCCUAGCACAGGCCGAGAAGGAACAUGAAGCCGCGCAGGCCAAAUUUAACGCCAGUCGCACCAAGCUCGACAGUGCUCGACCUGGAAAAUCCACCCCUGCCAACGACCGGUUCAAAGAGCUCGUGGACGACCAAAAGGCCAUCCGCCAGAAGCAACAGGAGAAUAAGGCGGCCAAGGCAGGACAACAAGACAAGUUCAACCAGAACGACGCCUUGAUCAAGAAGCUCAUUGCCGAACAAAAAGAUGCCCGCACCCGGGCCGGUUUCAAGAACGCCGAGGAAAUCGACGCCAAGAUCGCGAGCCUCAUGAAACAGGUGGAUUCUGGUAGCAUGAAGCUGGUAGACGAGAAGAAGGCGUUGGCCGAAGUCUCGUCUCUACGUCGUCAAAAGAAAGGGUUCACUGCGCUCGACGAUCUGCAGAAGAAGAUCGACGAGAAGAAGGCCGAAAACGCCGAGCUCAAGAAAUCGUUCGACAGUCCCGAGGCACGCGCAUUGGCGCAAAAGUACGAGGAGAACCAAAAGGAACUCGACCAGAUCAAGGCUGCCCGGGAUGACACCAACAAGAACUUGGACGCCUUGAAAGCGGAGCGAGAAAAGCUGUACCAGGAACAACAAGCCACGUAUGCCGCGAUCAAGAAGAUCAAGGACGACUACUAUGGUCAGAAGAAGGCCUACAAGGAAUACGAAGAUCAACUUUACCAGCAACGUCGUGAGCGCCAGAAGGCGGAGCGGGACGCCUACGAGAAGGAGAAGCGUCGCCGCAUCGCCGAGCAGAAGCUCGAGGAAGCCAGCGAGCCUGCUUUCCUGGACGAAAUCCGUACCGCCGAAGGUCUCAUCCGUCACUUCGAUCCCUCGUAUAGCUCGGGCGACAGCGAAAAGGGACCCAACCAAUUUGCAGCCACGGCGCAACGCACCGUGGACGAAUCGGGCUUCAAGGGCAUGAAAGUGGUCAAGAAGGAGGACGAGCCUUUCUUCGUGGGGAGCGGAGGCAAGAAAAAGGGAAAGGGCAAGAAAGGUCCUGCUUCGACCGCCGACUCUGGGAAACUCAACAUGAACAUUGGUAUCAUUGAAGAGCUGGCCAAAGUCGGAAUUGACCCACCGAGCACUCAAGCGGAUGUCCCUAGCAUUCUCGAGAAACUGAAGGCCAAGGUGGACUCCUGGAAGAAGGAUCAAGGGGCUCAAACUGAAAAGAACAUUGAAAAGGCCAAAAAGGAGAUUGAGAAGCUAGAGCAGGAAGCUGCCGAGUCAUCCAACACUUCUCCUCCAUCCAAGAACGGCGGUAGAGGUGGCCGUACGGACCGUGCGAAGAAGAUUGCACUGAAGAAUUCCGGGGUCAACGGGGAUGUCUCUGCUGAAGCCGAAGAAGCGCAGGAGAAGGAUGCUGUUGCCGAUGUGACCAAGGAAUUGAAGGAGGCCAAGAUCGAGGACAAGGAGAAUGAAGCGGUUGCCACGGCAUAA